AUAGUCAGCGCGCUUUAAUGAAGACAACUGCACCGCGCGCACCCCAUUAAUUAUAUAGUAAUUCUGAAGAGCUAAAAAAUAUAACAAAUUAAAAUAAUCUAACGAACGCGCAGUGCACGAUUUCCUGACAACAAUUCAGUCUCGCUUUUCAUGAGACUCCAUUGCAUUUUCCUUUUGUGUUUUCCACACACGUGGUGUUUUUCUGUUACUCGCACUUCGGUAGUGGAUAUUUUUUUGGUUACAUUGAAAAAGUACACCGACUGCCAACCGAAUUCCCAUUCGAACCUUAAUUUGACCAAUUGACGGAAAAUUAAUUGCGCCCAAAAUUAAUUAGCAAGCGGACCUAUAAUUUUUUUACGUGAAAAGAGCGUGUUAUUUGUCGAAACGAUUUUACAAUUGAUUGUGUUUAAGUAAAUUAACCUGAGAUAUCUAUGUGUUUGUGCUACGAUCUGAAACUCUGAUAUUGCGAUUCCAACCUAAAUGCCUUUCGUCGAGAGAUUUCAACAAAUACGUAAUUUUGUUAUGAACGUCUGCCUCGUCGAGGCCAUCCAAUUCGUCCAGGACCUCUCGCACGCCAUCUGCCUGGACCUCCAGGGCCUACUCAACCUCAAGUAGAGAUCUCCAUCUCCGAGCGAUCUCCCAGCCUCCCAGCGCUCAUCCCAUCAAUCACCCAGAUUCACUUUACUUCAUUAAGUAGCAGCAAUCAUCUAACAAAGACGACCAAACAACGCACCGACUUCCGGAAUUCCUAACUGAGACGGACGAUUUGCUUGGUUUUUUGAUUUGAUUUU